GUUAACGCGGGCUGCCCGUCAGUUGGCACGCCGGUUUCGGAGUUGUCUACGCCACGCACAGCGCUGGUCGAGCUAAAAACGUCAGUGCAAGACAAAAACGCCACACUGCCGAAUGUCAAACACGUAACACGGCACCAAUUUGGCCCUACAAAACGUUCGAGUGCACACAAGCAUGUCCCUUCGCGGUCCCACCCUAUUGCGUCGCCAGCCAGCAAGUCAAAUAAAUGGCUCGAGCUCGGCGACAGCACACAACAUCCAACCGAGUCAGCAUGCAGCUCUGCAAGCCCCUCGCGCGCGCGCUCGGCUUGUUUUGCCGCGAUUCUCCAAACCCCAGCAGUCUCGCGCCUGCAGCGAUACCGCUAGCACAGCGGUCAGCCUUGAAGAAGUAAUUGUACAUAUAAACUGGGAUGAGCCUGCAGCCGCUUCAAGCGCCCAGUGCACACGGAGUCCGCAACGCCGCUGCCCCACUUCUGCUCGCUGCGCUGCCCUUGGCCUGGUCUUCACAUGCGAGCGUUGCACGUCGGCGCCCAUUUCUCCCGAGGUCGAGCCGGCCUGGGAGUUCGCGGCAAGCCCAGCCACGGCCCAGGCGCGGCUGCUUGACUCCACCACCUACCGCAUGUUCUGCGGCGCCGUGCCCAAGCGCUCCAACCUCAAGUCGCUGCGCGCCUGGCGCGACAACGUGCAGCGCGCCGUGGGCCCCGUGGUGGCGCUGUCGCGCCGGGAGUUCCUGGCGCAGGCCGCCGCCGCCGCCGCCGUCACCGCCGUCGGCAGCUCGUCGCUGUCAGCUGCCAUGGCAGCGCCUGCCGCCGCUGCUGCAACGUUCGCUGGCGGCGGCGCCUCCGGCGCCACUGCUUCCGCCGCAACGCCGGCGCUGGCGGCGGCGGCGGCGGCGGCCGGCGGCGGCCGGCGCGCCGUCAAUGCCGUGGCGGCCGUCGCUGCCGCUGCGGCGCGCUACGACGUGGCGGCCGCCGCCGCCCGCCAGCGCGCGGUCGCCGAGGCCGACAGCGACGCCAUCAUUGCGGGCUCGCUGACCCGCCUGAGCAGCAUCGGCAGCACCAGCACCAAGACCGCAGCCACCGCCGCCGCCGCCGUAGACACGCCCGCCGUUGACGCUACUACUAUGACCGCCUCCGCCACCGCUGGCACCGGGUCGACAACGGCGCUCACGCCCGCGGCCGUGGCGACCGCGUAUGCGCCGGGCUCCUCCGCCUGCUCUGCGGGCGGCUUCACUGGCUACAGCCGCCACUCGGCGGCAGCGGCCAUGACGCCGGCGCCCCGCCGCCGCCGCGGAAGCCGCGGCGCUGGCCGCGACAUGUCAACCGCUGGCCGUCACGACCUGGUUUCAACCGCAACCGCCGCCGUCGGUACUGCCGCUCCUGAGGCGGGCGGUGCGGUCGGCAUUGGCGCCGCCGUCGCCGCCGUGGGCCAUGCAGACGGCGCGGAUCUGUAGACAGCUUGCUUGCCUUUCUUCCGGAUUCUAUACGGCCGCGGACUGCUACUUUGGUUAGUCGACCACUAUGAUUUGCACCCCCGGCGGUGGCCGCACCGCACGCACGCGCGCGCGGUGUUUUUCUGUAUUCUAACAGUCGCAUCCCCGGCAGUGAAAGAGAACGGAUGUGGAGCAUAGUCGCGUGGAUCCCUUCGCGUUUGUUGUCGUUGGAUUGUGUUCACCAACGGUGGCCUCCAUUUUGUUUGGGUUUCCGCCGGGGACGUUAGGGCUUGACUCGAUAUGUGUGUGAAGUGCAGGUUAGGUAGCCUAAGAAUGUGUGUGCUCGAAGGUUAAGGUGCUUCCUGGAGGCCUUCGCGCCUCCGAACUCCAUUACGGUGGCAUGAAGUGAAGGAGACUUGGAUGGUGAAAGUGAGGCUGUACAUAUGAGCACAACUGCUGUCCAAGUGAUCAGGGGUUUUGGGAAAGGUGGGGGGCCUGCCUUUGGGGGCCUCACAAAUGGCCACAUCAGUUCAGACUACGGCGUGGCACAAAUCGGCCCGCGGUCAUGAAGGAAGGUGCAUAUGAUGGACGGAAUGGGCACUCUUGCCCUGCCGCUGCCAAUUGUAUGCCAUUUGUCGGGUUCUGGGAAUUAGCUGCUCCCUACGGGACUUUAUCAACUUGCCUGCCAAUGUCCCAUCACACACGUACGUCAUGCACCACACAAACAAAUAAACAGGCGGUUUGCCGCAUGAUGUACGUUAUUGAUGUUUUAUGGCGAUGUUGCGCCGUGGACCUGCCUGGGCACCAGGUGUUACGUCUGGUGGUUGUGGGGCAGAGCGGAGGCCCCGGGAGGUAGGUUUCAUUUUGCCCCGAACCUGUUUGAGAUGCAUUGCAACCAGCUCUUGCACCAGCUCUUGCAUCUCACGUUGCCAUGCGGAGGUGCGGACUGCCGCUCUGUCCGAGCCGGAAUCGCCCGAGGGCGCGGCAGGUGGCGGAAAUAAAGGCAUGUGAUGCAAGGGCUGUACCGCGGUAUGUGUAUGAUGGGCUGCCGACCAUUUAGCAAUUGAUUUCGUAAUCGUGUUCACGCUUCGAGAUGCGACACCAGUUGCUCUUUAUGCGUCUGGAUAAGGCGGUGCGGUCAGUUGCCGUGGUGGUGGGGAUGCGUCGCGGCACUACGGCAAGCGCGAUGCGGAGUGAAAGUUGGUUGAGGGGCGUGGCACGCACACGCGCGCAAGCAAUCACGGCCAUCAGCUCAGUAGCGGCCGAGUGCGCACAACCGAAGGAGUUACUGCCUCGAUGGUUUUGCCGUGUGCGUGUGCACGCAGUAAUGUAACACAUUUUGUGC